AUGGAGAGUUGGGAGGCAAAAGGCCUGAAGGACCGUCUCGUGGAGUUGAACGAACUCCGAGACCAAGGCGUCAUCUCCGAGGAGAAUCGUGCCGAGGCAGUGAGACGUGUCCUGGAUGAGUUCACGUCGGCCACACGGAGCUCGGAGCACGGAACGCUCGUGGCGCCCCAACCGCCGCACCACGGCACCCACAAACGGUGGCUGGCCGAGGCGCAGGACUCGUGGUCCUUUGUGAACGAGUCCAACUCCCAGACUCCACUGGAGGACAGGGCCUUCCGCCAACGGGGAUCGUCGCCCAAGCCCGAGAAGGCGCGCUGA